CUUCCUUCUUUAGCCCUAAUCUGUCUCCAUCCCACAUCACUCCCCCAUCAACACAACCCUUACCUUCUUCUUCUUUUUCUUCUUCUUCGCCCCAUGAACUCCAUCAACUUCUCCAAUGGAACCCAAAGACCGCCCUCACCGUGCAACCACCACCUCAGGAGCCAGUGAACUCUUCAUCUGCUUCACCUCCCGUCCUGCCAACACCUCCAACUCGGCCGCCACCACCAUGCGUGUCUCCGCCAAGUCCCUCAUGUCCCCGGCGCGCACCGGUGCCCCAUCACUCUCCUCCUCCCUCAGCCGCCGCCUUCGUAGCAGCGGCAGCGUCAAGGCCGGCGAACAGUCCCCCAUGUUCCCCGCCGCCGUCACCGCCGCCGCCGCACGCAAGAAAGGCUGCUCUUUUAAAAAGAAGAACAAGUGCAAGACUGCACAAGGUGCGGCCAUGGCGAGGUCUAGAUCUCAGAGGAGAAGUGGAGGGAGAAGCCAGCUUUUAGAAGAGCUGGAGUUGGAGUUGGAGAAGGCUGGUUUUGAAGUGGAGGAGGAGAAGAGGAGGAAAGGGUCUUCUUGUGGUGGUGCUGUGUUUGGGUGGAUGAUGGCUGUGCAGGAGAGUGAGGAAGGGAAAAGAGGGAGUGUUUGUGUUCCUCCAAAGAAUGCUUUGUUGUUGAUGAGAUGCAGGUCUGAUCCUGUUCGAAUGGCUGCUCUUGCUACCAGGUUUUGGGGUUCUCCAGCUGCUGCCAAAGUUGGAGCUGAAGAAGAAGAAGAAGAACAACAGCAGCAGCAAAAAGAAGAAGAAGAAGAAGAAGAAGCUGUUGCUGUUCAUGUUGAAACAAUAAUAGAGAAAGAAGAAGAAGAAGAAGAAGAAGAAGAAGAAGAACCACAAGAACAAGAAAAAGAAGAAGAGGAAGAGAAGGUUGAAGUUGAAACAGCCAUUGUUGAGAAUAAGAAAAACCUUGAAGAAAAAGAAGAAGAAGAAGAAGAAGGACAAGAGAAAGAGGAAGCAAAGUUUGAGGUUUUGGAAGAGAAUGGGGAAAAAGAGAAGAUGAAAGAUGAGAGCUUUACUGAAUCUGCUGAUCUUCCUCCAUCGAAGGAAGAGAAAAGAAGGAGAUCCAAAGCAAAAGAGAGAGAGAUGAGACGGAGCCGCUCAAACAAAGAAAAGGAGAGGAAAAGGACUAGUUUUUCCAAUGAGAAAGAAGCAAGGAGACAUAGUUUUUCCACUGAGAGAGAUGCAAAAAGGCCAAGCUUUUCUUCGUCGACCGUGGAUACAGAAAGAAGACACAGCUGGAGUUUCUCAAAGAAGAAGAGCAAAGAGGAGGAGAAGGAGGAGAACCCAAACAAAGCCAUGGAUUCAGAGAAAGUUUGUAGCAAAGUGGAAGCAGGGGAGACCAAGAGAGAGCUCCCUGAUUGCUUGUUGUUGAUGAUGUAUGAACCUAAGCUUUCCAUGGAGGUCUCCAAAGAGACCUGGGUUUGCAGCACUGAUUUCCUUCAAUGGCGGCCGAAGGAAGUGGCACCCGCCGCCGCCGGCGCCGCCGUUGAAGAACAGACCCAAGAUCCUGCUCCGCCGUUGUCGGAGGAGGUAGAGAAGAAGCUGGUUGGCACGGCUGAGCCGGCUCAGGUUGCGGCGGCGGCUGCGGCUCAAAUGGCGGCUUACGAGCCGUUUGUGCUAACGAGAUGUAAGUCGGAGCCGAUGAGGGUCAUCGGCUCGGCUUGCGCCGGAUGCUUGCUUUUGAAAAGCCGGCAUCAGCCGAUCGGCGCGGCUGGGAUCGGCUUCUGAGACGAGGUGGGGCCCAGAAGUUUUUUUUUUGGGGGGUUUUUUUGUCGUGUUGUGAGUCUUGAUGCACUGUGGUUUCUGGUUGGUGUAAAAAAGCAGUAGCAUUUGUUUGUUAUAAUUUAGAAUAUUAUGGGAAAAAAAGGUGCAUGCUUUUGGGGGGUGAUCA